CUCCUCCUUCACCUAUUUUCUAUGUUUCUAUGUUUCUUUGAGUGAGGAUGAUUUGCUUCCACUGGUUUCCUGAGUUCUGAGCAUCCAGAUUCCAAGGAGCAUCAUCUGCUCAAUGGUCGAGAAAUACUUGAAUCACGGUUGUGUAUCCAUGAACUUGGAAUGUAAAGGGUCCCAGUGCAUCCUACAUGCUUGCUGCAGAGCAGAGGACCAGAGAUCCAAUCCAGCGUUAGCUUUAACAAUCAGAUGAUGAUUUAAAUAAGGUUUGUACGUGCCAAAAUUGUCAUGUGCUGAAAUCUCAUUAGUCACUUUCACUUCUCCAUUUCAAGAAGGGGAAGAAAGGCCCAGGAGCAAUCACGGGCAGGUCACAGAGAGCUGCAUCUCAGUGGCACAAAAUCUGUCUCGUCCUGUUAACGCAAGGAAUUGUACUUCGAAAGUGAUAAAGUAACUGAGACACAACUUGGCACAAACUAGCCAAAAGCAUUCUUGUGUGGGUGGUCGAGUGCUUCUGAGUUGCAGCCGGUUUGAAAUUUAUUGACCAUCCAUGAUGGAGGAGCCUUACAUCCGACAUCUUGAAGUGCUGGGAUUUGAAAAAAGAUUUGUCCCAAAUCAGUAUUAUGUUUAUAUGCUGAUGGUGAAGUGGAGUGACUUGUCAGAGAAGCUCAUCUACAGAAAGUUCUCCGAAAUCUACGAUUUCCAUAAAAUGUUGAAGGAGCUGUUUCCUAUUGAAGCUGGAGAAAUAGAUUCCAAGGCUCGGACCCUGCCCCAUUUACCAGCUCCCAGAUGGCUGGAAGGACACAAGGCUACUGAAAACCGGCAGAGUACUCUCUCUGACUACUUCCAGUCAUUGCUCAACCUUCCCCCCAAGAUCUCGCGCUGUCAGUGGAUUGUGAGCUUCUUGCAGGUCCGCCCAGAUGACGUUGCCUUGCCGUUUCCUCACGCGACAAAAAAGACAGAAACCUAUCUUCUCCCAAAAGACAGAGCACGAAGCAGUUCCUCUGAAAUUACAGGUCCAAUGUUGCUUCAAACAUAUCGUUCAAUUGCAGUUUAUCAGAAGAAUUCCAAGUAUGAAAUGAGCAUUCAGACCGGAGAUAUUGUAGAGAUUGUGGAGAAGAAUCAAAAUGGGUGGUGGUUCUGCCAGCUGGAGGGGAGGAGGGGGUGGCUGCCAGCUGCAUUCCUGGAGCCCCUGGACAGUCCCGACGAGAACGAGGAGCAGGAGCCCAACUAUGAAGGUGAAGUAUACAAAGUAAUUCACAGCUACAGAGCUGGGCAGCAGGAUGAGCUGAGCCUGAGUGAGGACGAGCUGGUGGAUGUGAUCCAUAAGUUGCUAGAUGGUUGGUGGGUGGUCCGGAAGGGAGAGAUCACUGGAUACUAUCCCUCCAUGUACCUCCAGAAAUCUGGGACCGCUCUGAACACAGGAUUCAACAUGAAGAAAGGACACCUCCCUCCCCCGCGAAGGUCAACCAUCCGCAAUGCGCAGAGCAUCCACGUGGUGGAGCGGAAGCAGAUCAGCCAGGACAGCUACAGGAGGAACAGCAAGCGGUAUCUACAACAGAAGGGCGCGCAAGGUCACACCAUCGCCACCAGGAAUGCCUGGAAGGGGAAGCAGGAUCCAAGAACAACAGCCACAGGUGGCACCGUCCAAGAGGAGGAAAGACGAAAGAAAGUUCCGGAAAUCCCCCCGCGACCUACGCUCAGUGAGAUCUUGGCGAAUUGCACCGAGCAAACCAAGAGUAAAAUAAAGUGAGGGUGAGUCCGGAGGGAGACCCUCAGCUUCAGUUUGAAGACGGAUCCUGUGUGGUGAGGAUGACGGAGCGAGUCCACUGCCUUGUUGACGGAGUGUUGCUUCAUUCUCAGCAGUGGAGAAGUAACAUUUGGCGAGCUUGCUUCAUGAUUUGAUCCACGGGAUCAGUGGAUGAAGAUGUUUCUCUGUUGUUAAAAUAAUAAAAGGCAACCUUAAUUUCUUCGCCUUAUCCGUGUUCUAUCUGUAUUUCCCGAGACCAAUGUCUCUAAAAUGUCAAAGUAAAAGAACAGUCCCGAAUGUUAUGGUUUAUUUGUAAAUUAGGAAACAAUCCAUUCUUAGCGCUCUUGCCUUACAAUGCAGACCAUGUGACAAGUUACAGCUGUUGCAAUUUUGGUGACCAAAGCAACCGUUGUUUAACAGUAACCAACCUUGCAAAGAAGAACAGCAAAGAUUUCACUGAAAGUUUAUCGAGUUGUACCUGCAUGAAGUCAGUGCUAAAAUCCAGCAUGAUCCAGCAUAAUGAUUUGAAUGAGGGUGUAUAAGGCAUGGUUGUAGGUUUGCACAUGACAUUAAAAUAAGUGGUAUUGUAGACAGUGACGGUAAUCAAGAAUUACAGGGAGAUCUUCAUCAUCUGGGCAGCUGGGUCAAGGAAUGGCAAAUACAGUUAAAUUUAGGUGAAGUGUGAGGUGCACUUUGGGAAGUCAAACUAGGCAUGACCUUCACAGUGAAUAGUGAGAUCUUGGGGAGUACAAGGAGGGACAAGGAGUACAGGUAUAUAGAACCUUGAUAGAGGCCUCAGGUAGAUAGCAUGGUGAAGAUGGAUCUUGGCAUGCUGGCCGUCAGGGAAUUGAGUUUAGAAAUUGGGACUUUACAUUAUAGUCGUACAGGAGCGUUGUGAGGUCACAUUUGGAGGAUAGUGUUCAGUUUAUAGGAAAGAUGGUAUUAUGCUGGAAAGAAUGCAAAUAAGAUUUAUGAGGAUGUUGCUAGGACUUGAGGGCCUGAGCUAUAGGGAGAGGUUAGGGAGCUAGGACAGAAUCCCUUGAAGCAUAGUUGGAUGGGGGGUGAUCUUAUAUAGGCGAGGGACUCAAAUAGCGAAAGCUAGUAGACAGAAUGGGAGGCAGGAAGCAGAAAAGGGAAGCACUCGGACACAAGAGGAGAAAGAAAAAAAAGGAAAUAAACAGAGAAUAAGAGACGGGGGGUUUCUUAAAUGUGCAUAUUUUAAUGCUAGGAGCAUUGUAAGAAAAGUGGAUGAGCUUAGAGUCUGGAUAGACACCUGGAAGUAUGAUGUUGUGGCGAUCAGUGAAACGUGGUUGCAGGAGGGCUGUGAUUGGAAACUAAAUAUUCCAGGAUUUUGUUGCUUCAGGUGUGAUAGAAUUGGAGGGGCAAGAGGUGGAGGUGUUGCAUUGCUAGUCAGGGAAGAUAUUACAGCAGUGCUUUGGCAGGAUAGAUUGGAGGGCUCAUCUAGGGAGGCUAUUUGGGUGGAAUUGAGAAGUGGGAAAGGUGUAGCAACACUUAUAGGGGUGUAUUAUAGACCGCCAAACGGGGAACGAGAAUUGGAAGAGCAAAUAUGUAAGGAGAUAGCAGAUAUUAGUAGUAAGCACAAGGUAGUGAUUGUGGGAGAUUUCAACUUUCCACACAUAGACUGGGAAACACAUUCUGUAAAUGGGCUGGAUGGGUUGGAGUUUGUAAAAUGUGUGCAGGAUAGUUUUUUGCAGCAAUACAUAGAGGUACCUACUAGAGGAGGGGCAGUGCUGGACCUCCUGUUAGGAAAUGAGAUGGGACAGGUGGCGGAGGUAUGCGUUGGGGAGCACUUCGGGUCCAGUGAUCACAAUACCAUUAGUUUCAAGAUAAUUAUGGAGAGGGUCAGAACUGGACCUAGGGUUGAGAUUUUUGAUUGGAGAAAGGCUAACUUUGAUGCGAUGCGAGAUGAUUUAAAAGGAGUGAACUGGGACAUUUUGUUUUAUGGGAAAGAUGUAGAAGAGAAAUGGAGGACAUUUAAAGGGGAAAUUUUAAGAGUACAGAAUCUUUAUGUUCCUGUUCGGUUGAAAGGAAACAGUAAAAAUUGGAAAGAGCCCUGGUUUUCAAGGGAAAUUGGACAUCUUGUUCGGAAAAAGAGGGAGAUCUACAAUAAUUAUAGGCAGCAUGAAGUAAAUGAGGUGCUUGAGGAGUAUAAGGAAUGUAAAAAGAAUCUUAAGAAAGAAAUUAGAAAAGCUAAAAGAAGAUAUGAGGUUGCUUUGGCAAGUAAGGUGAAAGUAAAUCCAAAGGGUUUCUACAGCUAUAUUAAUAGCAAAAGGAUAACGAGGGAUAAAAUUGGUCCAUUGGAGAGACAGAGUGGACAGUUAUCUGCAGAGCCAAAAGAGAUGGGGGAGAUAUUGAACAAUUUAUUUUCUUCGGUAUUCACCAAGGAGAAGGAUAUUGAAUUAUGUGAGGUAAGGGAAACUAGUAGAGUAGCUAUGGAUACUAUGAGGUUCAAAGUAAAAGAAGUACUGACGCUUUUGAAAAAUAUAAAAGUGGAUAAGUCUCCAGGUCCUGACAGGAUAUUCCCUAGGACAUUGAGGGAAGUUAGUGUAGAAAUAGCCGGGGCUAUGACAGAAAUAUUUCAAAUGUCAUUAGAAACGGGAAUAGUCCCCGAGGAUUGGCGUACUGCGCAUGUUGU